CGUCCUGAAAUCUCGGCUGUGCGCCUAUCAGUUUUCAAUUUUCAUCUUACGUUAGGGUGCUCGAGGAGCUGGUUCCUGUCCCUUCCCAGCCCUGGUAUCCGACAACGGGGACCACGGGCUGGGUCAGCGAUCCCGGGGGCGCUGGGCUGACCCGGGCUCUGUGCCGGGAGUCCACAUGGCACAGCAGAUUGCCCCGGGAAGGGCCUCCGCACGGCCUGCGUUCCGUAAGCCUGGGGCAGUGAGCUUCGCGGACGUGGCCGUGUACUUCUCCCCGGAGGAGUGGAGGUGUCUGCGGCCGGCGCAGAGAACCCUGUACCGGGAGGUGAUGCUCGAGACCUACGGUCUCCUGGGCUCUGUCGGAGUCGGAGGCGCCAAACCAGCGCUCAUCUGCUGGGUGGAGGAAGAGGACGAACUGUGGGGACCUGGUGCCCAGGAUCCAGAAGUGGCCAUGUGCAAGACAGAAGUCUACUCAGAUUGCAGACAUGAGGAGGAAAGGAAGAGACCAGGGGAAGAGACUGAAGCAAUCCAGAAGACAUUUUCUAUAGGAGCUGGGCCGAAGGAACCACAACUCUCAUUUGCUGGCCCCCCUAGCAACUUAGAUCUGCUGCCCAGGGACCCUCAACAGGGGCACCCCACCUCUAGUAGUGUUCAAGCCACGAUCUCAAGGGCAAAUCAGCGUCAUGGGUGCCAUGUGUGUGGGAAGAGUUUUGCCCAGCGGCCCACAUUGGUGGAGCACCUGUACACUCAUACGGGUGAAAAGCCAUUCCGUUGCCCAGACUGCAACAAAUGCUUCGGCCGGGCUUCCUCCCUGAGCAUGCACCGAGCCAUACACCAAAGGGAACGGUCUCAUCGCUGUCCUGACUGUGAGAAGUGUUUUUCCCAGCGGUCCACAUUGGUGGCGCACAUGUACACUCACACUGGUGAAAAGCCAUUCCGUUGCCCAGACUGCAACAAGUCCUUUGGUCGGGCAUCUUCCCUGAGCACGCACCGGGCCAUACACCGAGAGGAGCGGCCUCAUUGCUGUUCUUACUGUGGCCGGACCUUCACACAGCGCUCUGCACUCACCAGCCAUCUCCGCGUCCACACUGGGGAGAAGCCUUACUGUUGUGCUGACUGUGGACGCUGCUUCAGUCGGAGCUCAGGGCUCCAUGAGCACCAGCGGGUGGUACACAGCGGCAUGACCCCCUUUACCUGCACUCACUGUGGCAGAGCCUUUGCCGAUUCCAAAUAUCUUCGGCGCCACAUGCGCAUCCACACGGGUGAAAAGCCUUAUUCAUGCCCUGACUGUGGACGCUGCUUUCGCCAGGGCUCUGAAAUUGCAGCCCACAGGCGGAUCCACACUGGUGAGCGUCCCUACCCCUGCCCUCAGUGUGGCAGGCAAUUUCGCACAAAGUCAGCUAUGACAAGCCACCAGUGGGUCCAUCGGCCAGGAGCCAAAGGCCGCAGGGACAGAAAAGACAGUCAGUUAUCUAUAUCCCUGAGCGCUGGCCAAGUGGACCCGGAUCCACCUGUGGGCUUCCAGCAUUACCCAGAGAUAUUCCAGAAGUGUGGGUCUUAAAAGUGUCAACAUAGAGGGUGAAAUAUGUACAUUGUUUGAAGCCCAGAGCCUUGAACCUAUGGCAUCCUCCGGAAGUCACAGACGGUCUAGCUAGUGCUGGUCCUGGGCACAGGGUACAGUCAUCUAGGUGGUUACCAGAUUUGCACAUACUGGGAUCCUACUGCCGUCUCUGCGCCUAUUGGGCUGGGCUGGGAAACCCCACUAGAUCACCAUGUGAGAAGCAAGGGCAGUUAGUUUCCUGGCUCAGAAGUACUGAGAGGGUGGAGGUUGAAGAGAACCUUGUUGACGUCAUUGCGUCUUUAAUGCAGAGGCUAAAGUUGAUGGUUCUGUGUGAAUUGAGCCAUCUGCAGUCUCAGGGACUGAGUUACUGCUCAAGAGCCUGGUGUGGUGGUGCCUGCCUGUGAUUCCCACUCUGGGGAGGUAUAGACAGGAAGAUCAGGAAUUUCAUACCACUUUUGGGUCAUGUGAGACUGCAUCUAAAGAGGAUAUAUUAAUUGAGAAUUAAAAUUCAAAGUACCUCACCCUCCACCUCCGAGAUAUCUAGCUUCUCUUGAAGAAAAAAAAAAUCUGAAAUAAUCAGCCAAGCAAACAAAACAUGUUUGUUCUGUGUUCCAUUCUCAGUACGGCAAAUACUGGGUGUGCUGGCACAUGCCUAGGUUUCCAGCACUUGGUAGGGGGAAGGCACCAGGAGAUCGAGACUCUCAAGGCUGCCCUCAGUUACACACACACACACACACACACACACACACACACACACACACAAAACACAGGAGGGGGGAGGGGCACUCAGUAGGUAAGGACUACAAGUCCAGGGACCUGAUUUCUGAGGUGGGAGGAGGGAAGGCCUUCUUGAAGGUUGUCCUCUGGUGCUUUUUCGGGUUUUCUGAAGCAAGGAGGGCAUGUGGGUAAUUGUAUGGCAGAGGAGGGAAAUUGAAAAACCAAAGGAAAUGA